AUGAAAUGGGCAGCAAACUGUCCAGGUACCAAGAUUGAUUCGACCAAUCCCCAAGAAAAGCUCAUCAUCAUCACCGUGUACGUAGCAGUGGGACUCUCCGUAUUUGCUAUGUGCUUCAAGUUGAUGCAAGAGGAAGUAGUCUCAAAAUGCAAAUGGUUGGCCCGCUACAUCGGAGUCCUCAAACGGAAAGUGCGCAAACAUCGCAUAGAACGGCCUCAACAGCUCGGUAUGGACUCCCGGCAGAAGGAUGGAGUCGGUAACGAGGGGCUUUCGCCUUCCUAG